AUGACGUCAGAGCUCAAGCGACUGCGUGGAGUGAUUCUUGGACGAUUGACACGGAUCGAGGUGUUUAUCCGAGAUAUCGACUCCAAGUCCGGCCUGACUGAGGAUCAUAUUCAAGCGCGGCUAGAGAUCAUCGACCAGUGUUGGGCUGAGUACAGCACUGUACAGAACAACAUCGACGCAGGUGAAGACAUCGACGUUGAAGAGGAGGAAGAAAAACGUGCUGCAUUUGAGGAGCGAUGCAUCAACGCAAGGGUUGCUCUUCGUUCCGCCCUCAGAAGAAUGCAGAGACAAGGAACAACAUCUGAUAGUCGUAACAUCGACCGACCAUUGCUGCCUGUUCAGCUUCAGCACCAGAUUCCAGUUCCUCAACAAUCAGUGGAUGUGCGAUUGCCAACGCUGGAGCUGCCUACUUUUGGGGGUGAUUACAUGGACUGGCCAGGAUUUAGGGAUGCAUUUCAGGCACUCAUCGACAGAAACAUGCAGCUGUCCAACGUGCAGAAGUUGUUAUACCUGAAAUCGACCCUCAAAGAAGAAGCAGCUAGCGUAUUAGAAGCGUUAGAUAUUACCGAUGCCAACUACCAGGUGGCCUGGGAUCUACUAGUGGAGAUGUUCGAAAAUCGUCGAGUGAUCAAGCAGAAGCAUUUAAAAGCGUUGUUCACCAUCAAACAGGUGCCAGAGGAUUCACCGAGGGAGCUGCGCCGUUUGUUGACAGAGUUCCAGCGGAAUGUCAAUGCGUUGAAACAGUUUGGUGAACCUACUGAAGAAUGGAGCACGCUUCUGGUAUACCUCAUCGCCAUCAAACUGGACGGGACACCACGCCGUGAUUGGGAGACUCAGACCCAGGAUGACGAGUCGCCAACAUAUGAAGAGAUCGUCAAAUUUAUCAACAAGAGAUGCACCAAUCGCCACCCGGCGGGAAGAAACGAACCGACCACCACCCAGCGGGAAGGAACCAGCAGCACCCGGAAACAACCGGAUGGCCACCCGCUGUGA